AUGAAAGUUGGCGUUUUCUUUUUGUGGUGGGCGUGGGUUUUGCCUACUGAAAGCAGAGUGCUCUGGCGGAAAAGAGACACACAGGAGAUGUCGAAAAAGGGCAGCCCAGUUCUUAAACGAAGCCCUGACAUUACGAAAUCGCCGCUAACAAAGUCAGAGCAGCUUCUGAGGAUAGAUGACCACGAUUUCAGCAUGAGGCCUGGCUUUGGAGGGCCGGCCAUUCCUGUGGGCGUGGACGUGCAGGUGGAAAGCUUGGACAGCAUCUCGGAGGUGGACAUGGACUUCACGAUGACGCUCUACCUGCGGCAUUACUGGAAGGACGAGCGGCUAUCCUUCCCGAGCACCAACAACCUCAGCAUGACCUUCGACGGCCGGCUGGUGAAGAAGAUCUGGGUCCCCGACAUGUUCUUCGUGCACUCCAAGCGCUCCUUCAUCCACGACACCACCACAGACAACGUGAUGCUUCGGGUCCAGCCCGACGGCAAAGUGCUCUACAGCCUCAGGGUUACAGUGACUGCCAUGUGCAACAUGGACUUCAGCCGGUUUCCCCUGGACUCACAAACGUGCUCGCUUGAAAUUGAGAGCUACGCCUACACGGAAGAUGACCUCAUGCUCUACUGGAAGAAAGGCAAUGACUCCUUAAAGACAGAUGAGCGGAUCUCCCUCUCCCAGUUCCUCAUCCAGGAAUUCCACACCACCACGAAGCUGGCCUUCUACAGCAGCACAGGAUGGUACAACCGUCUGUACAUCAACUUCACGCUGCGUCGCCACAUCUUCUUCUUCUUGCUCCAGACCUACUUUCCCGCCACGCUGAUGGUCAUGCUGUCCUGGGUGUCCUUCUGGAUCGACCGCAGAGCCGUGCCCGCCAGAGUCCCUCUGGGGAUCACCACGGUGCUGACCAUGUCCACCAUCAUCACGGGCGUGAACGCCUCCAUGCCCCGCGUGUCCUACAUCAAGGCCGUGGACAUCUACCUCUGGGUCAGCUUCGUCUUCGUGUUUCUCUCCGUGCUGGAGUACGCGGCCGUCAACUACCUGACCACCGUGCAGGAGCGCAAGGCGCGGAAGCCGCAGGAGAAGCUUCCCUGCGCCUGCGGGUUGCCUCAGCCACGCGCGGUCCUCCUGGACGGCAGCUACAGCGACGGGGAGGUGAACGACCUGGGCAGCUGUACCCCCGAGAACGGAGACAAGCCAGACAGGAUGAUGGUGCAGCUGACGCUGGCCUCGGAGAGGAGCUCCCCGCGGAGGAAAAGCCAGAGGAGCAGCUACGUGAGCAUGAGGAUUGACACCCACGCCAUCGAUAAAUACUCGAGGAUCAUUUUUCCAGCUGCAUACAUCUUAUUCAAUUUAAUAUACUGGUCGAUUUUCUCAUAA